AUGGAAGGCUUGAAUGUCAGAGCUUAUACGUCUCAGUUCAAUGAUCUGGCUAGGUUGGUUCCUCAAAUGGUCACUCCUGAUUACGUUAAGAUACAAAGGUAUAUUUGGGGGCAAGCGCCACAGAUUCGCGGUAUGGUCACCUCGGCGAAACCCGCUACCUAUCUGGAAGCUACUAAUUUGGAAAAAUCAUUAGCUGAUGAUGAUGCUCGCAAAAGUAGCCUUAACAAAAAGGAUGAGACUAGGAAGUCGUUGGGAAAAGCCAAUGUAGACGGGAAAUCUGAUCGAUCGGAGCGUUCUGAGCCUAGAUCUAGAGAUUCGCGGAAGCGAAAGUCUGAGAGCUCAAAAAAGGAUUCCGAUGAGAAGCGUGAGAAGAAACGAGCUUAUGGUGAUGAGCAAGGGAAGUGCGCCAGAUGUGGUCGAUCUGGGCAUGUGACUCGUGAGUGCUAUGCUAAGAGCACGUUGAAGGGAGUUAAGCUCGAGGGAUGCUACGAAUGCAGAGAGCAGGGACACUACAAGAGAAACUGUCUGAAUGUGAAAGGUCAGAAUGCUAGGGGCAAAGCGUUUGAGCUAAAUAAUGGGAAGGCACGUGAUGAUCCUGCAGUGGUUACCGGUACGUUCUUGAUCAAUAACCAUUCUGUGUUUGUGCUAUUUAAUACUUGGGCUGACUUGAGUUUUGUUUCGAAAAAAUUUGAACCAUUUCCGUGUUUUCAAACAAGUAAGCUAGGUAAAAAGUACUCGAUAGAAUUAGCAAAUGGUAAAUUGAUAGAAACUAGCGAAGUCAUUCGUGAUUGUAGUUUUCGGUUAUGUGAUCAUAGUUUUAGUAUUGAUUUGUUGCUAGUGGAGGUGGGUAGUUUCGAUGUAGUCGUUGGGAUGGAUUGGCUAUCCAAGAAUAAAGCUGAGAUUAUUUGUUCGGAGAAACAAGUGCGGAUACCUCGUCUUGGCAGUGAAGCUAUAGUAGUUCAUGGAGACCGAUCGAGUCGAGUAUCGAGAAUUGUUAGUGUUAUGAAGAUGCACAAGAUGUUGCAUAAGGGCUAUCCUAUGUUCUUGAUUAACGUAGUUGAUACGAAGGUUGAAGGUAGGAAGAUCGAAGAAAGUCCUAUAGUUCGUGAAUAUCCAGAAGUUUUCCCUGAAGACUUACCUAGAUUGCCCCGUGCGAGAGAGAUCGAAUUUAGAAUUGAUCUUGUACCUGGUGUUGCACCGAUUGCAAAAUCUCCUUACAGGUUAGCGUCGUCAGAAAUGAAAGAAUUGUCGAAUCAGCUUCAAGAGCUACUAGACAAAGGUAAAGCAAACGUCGUUGCUGAUGCGCUCAGUAGGAAAGAGCGGGAAAAGCCUUUGCGUGUUCGUGCUUUAGGUUUAAUCAUACAGAUGAGUUUGACUGUUCAAAUUCGUGAUGCAUAG